AUGGGUACAUUUGUCCUCAGUAAGAUUAAAGAGUACCCCGAUUGCAUCACCAACACCCUCAGUGUGAUGUCUUCACCCAAAGUGUCUGACGCCAUGGUUGAGCUCUACAAUGCCACCCUCUCCAUCCUUCAGUUGGUGGAGAACACUGAUGAGACCUUUUGCAUCAACAACAAGGCUCUCUACAUCUGCUUCCACACUCUGAAGCUGACCACACCAACCUAUGGGCAUCUGCACCUCCUGGUCUCAGCCAGCAUGGCAGUAAACAUGGUCCCCUUCCCACAUCUCCAUUUCUUUAUGCCUGGGUUUGCUCCUCUCACCAGCAGCAAAAGCCAGCAGUAUUGA